AAGGGAAGCAGUCUCAUAAAUAUAUCUUUACUCUUGUGUCUGAAUAUUCUUUCUCUAAUUUCAAGAGAGAGUCAGGCACAAAAAGAAAAAAAAAAGAAAAAAAUUUCCAAUCAAAAACACCAAAAAAACUUUUAGAGUUUUUUGUUAUUUUUUGUUUGAAAAAAAAUCUUAAAAAAAAUGGGUUACGGUGAUGAUGGUUCAAAGAAGAAGAAGAUGGCCGUGUUGGGCAUCUCUUCAAUCCUCCUUGUAGCAGCCGUUGUUGGUGCUGUGACAUACGGCAUUAGCUCCAAAAACAACGCCGAAACCGGCGCUCCGGCGGGCGGCGCCAGUGCAUCCCCGAGCUCCUCAACCAAGGCCGUGCAAUCCAUCUGCAAACACGUUGAUUACAAGGAAACCUGUGAGAACAGUCUUGCAAAAGCCGGGAACACAAGUGAUCCAAAGGAGCUUGUUAAGGUUGCAUUCCAGGUUACGGUUGAUAACCUGGAAGAAGUGAUCAAGAAUUCCACCCUCCUGAAGGAUGCUGCCAAGGAUCCAAGGACUUCUCAGGCCCUGGAAACUUGCAAAGAGGUCCUGGACACCGCCAUCGACGACUUCAAGAGGUCGUUCGCCCGAGUCGAGGAGUUUGACAUGAGCAAGGUCGACGAGUACCUUGCCGAUCUCAAAACAUGGCUCAGCGGCGCCAUCACCUACCAGGAGACCUGCAUCGAUGCCUUUGAGAACACCACCGGAACCACCGGUGAGAAGAUGAAGCAGCUCUUGACAACCGCCUCACAGCUAUCCAGCAACGGUUUGGCUAUGGUUUCACAAUUUUCCGAAAUCAUCGGUACAUUGAAUAUCCCUGGAUUCAAUAGGAGGCUCAUGUCGACUGAGGCCCUGGAUGAGCAAUCCUACCCUGAUUUCGUCAAUGCCAAGCAGCGCAAACUCCUCGGGGCCGAUCCCUCCACCUUGAAACCUAACGCCGUCAUUGCUUUGGAUGGAAGUGGCACACACAAGACAUUCAAGGAUGUGAUCAACACCAUCCCGAAGAACAACAGCGUCCCCUUCGUCAUUCUCGUCAAGGCUGGUGUCUAUCACGAAACUGUUAUGAUCCCAAGAAAGAUCAACAAUGUUUACAUCUUCGGUGAAGGCCCUGAGAAGACCAAGAUCACCGGUAACAAGAACUACGUUGAUGGAAUCGGCACCUUCCAUACUGCCACUGUUGCCAUCAACGGUGACAACUGCAUCCUCAAGGACAUCGCCAUCGAGAACUCAGCCGGAGCCGAGAAGCACCAGGCCGUGGCACUCCGAGUAUCCGGUGACCAUGCCAUCGUGUUCAACUGCCGAUUGGACGGGUACCAAGACACACUUUACAGUCACAACUACAGGCAGUUCUACCGCAACACCGUCAUCAGCGGAACCAUCGAUUUCAUCUUCGGCGACGCUCAGGCCGUGUUCCAAAACUGCACAAUGGUCGUCAGGAAGCCCCUGGAGAACCAAGGAUGCAUGGUCACCGCUCAGGGAAGGAACAACACCCGAUCAUUGGGCGCAAUCAUCAUCCAGAACAGCACCAUCACCGCCGAACCUGAGUUCCUCGCCACUAACCCUCUCCCCAGGGCAUACCUUGGACGCCCAUGGAAGCAAUACUCAAGGACCCUCAUCAUGCAAUCCAACAUUGGAGGAUUCAUCUUGCCUGAAGGAUGGUCUCCCUGGAUGGGAACCUGGGGUUUGGACACAUUGUACUAUGGUGAAUACCUCAACACCGGCGCCGGCGCUAAAACCGACAAGAGGGUCACCUGGAAAGGUAUCCAGAAGGUCACUCCUGCGAUUGCUGAGAGCUUCACUCCUGGAAAAUACUUCAUGGGGGAUGACUGGAUCAAGGCUACUGGCUUCCCUUAUCAGCCUGGCAUGUUUUAAAUUAAUUGAUUAAUUAAAUUAAUCUGUAUAAUAAAACAAAAAGAAAUAUGUAUUCCUAAAAGAGAAGAUAUAUUUUUAUAUAAUAACCCUUGUAAUAAAUGUUAUGUAAUUUAGUUUUCUUCGAUAUUCAAAUGUAUUACUGGUAUGGCUGAUUACCAGUAAAAUGAUGAUUAAGAAGAAUGUUAUUUUUGGUAAUAUUAAAUUUUGAAAUAACAUUCUCCUUCAUUUUUGUUUUUCAAUAUGAUUCUUCCUUGUUCG